AUGGCAAUCGGUGCCGCCGCAGGCGCUGCGCUGUCGAGUGCCGGCGUGCAAAAUCUGCUGCCCUGCAGUGCGUCGCUCUGGAGCGUUUUGACGGCGGCAACGCGUGAGCUUCGAAACGAGAGCGCGGUGGCUUCAAAGCCUUGCUGGAGGGGCCCAUUUUCGUUCUGCGGGGUCCCCGUUCCGCCAGAGGAAGUUGUCUUUAGCACGUCUCGAAGUUUUGCGAUGCUGGCACCGCGCCCGGUCCUUCCGGGCCACGCUGUCGUUACACCGCGGAGAAACGUGAAAGCUGUGUUUGACUUAUCCAAGGAGGAGGUGGAUGACUUGUUCCAGGCUGUUCAAGCUGUUCAAUAUGUUUUGAACGGGGUAACGAUGACAGAUUCAUGCACUAUGUUGCUCCAGCAGGGCGAAGCUGCUGAGCAGCGCCUCCCCCAGCUGUAUGUGCAUCUGGUACCCCGUCGCGAAGGCGACCUAGCCAGUAACGAUGACAUCUAUCCACUGUUGGAAACCUCAAUCCCUCUGCCUCUGCAUGAGCCUGGCAUUUCAAACGGAGCUCGCGAUGGUCUGAAUGCGUCAGACAUUCGCUAUUGGUUGCUGCGCGUCGCCGCCGACGAGCGCCCAGCUACAACGCCCUCUACGGACGCUGCUGCAUGA